CUAAGUGGUCGAUGCCGAGGUCGGAGGUUACCUGUGCACAAUGCUGAAGAAGAUGUCCACAAACGCCGCGAUGAAGAAGCUGUUCCAGUUCGCGAUUGACCGAGGCGGCACGUUCACGGACGUGUACGCGCGGUGUCCGGGAGGGAAGACCAGGGUCAUGAAGCUGCUGUCCGAGGACCCUGCUAACUACCCCGAUGCUCCGCGGGAGGGGAUCAGGAGGAUCAUGGAAGAGGAAACAGGUAUCCCCAUGCCUGCUGACCAGCCCCUGGACCCCUCCCUGAUAGGCUGGAUACGUAUGGGCACAACUGUGGCCACUAAUGCACUCCUGGAGAGGAAAGGUGAACGCAUGGCUCUGGUCAUCACACAAGGCUUCCAAGACCUGCUCCACAUUGGCAACCAGUCACGGCCAAACAUCUUUGAUCUGGAAAUUGUGACUCCAGAUGUUCUAUAUGAGGAGGUUGUGGAAGUGAAGGAGCGAGUUAUCCUGGAGCAGGAGUCCUGUCAGCUGGACAAACCUGCCAACCUUCAGACUGUCACUGGGACAACAGGGGAGAAGCUGCAUGUUUGGGAACAGCUGGAUGAGGUACAGCUGCGUGCUGACCUACAGGCUGUCCUGGACAGGGGCAUCAGGAGUCUGGCUGUCGUCCUCAUGCACUCCUACACUUUUGCAGGCCAUGAACAAAAGGUGGGCCAGCUAGCCAGACAGAUGGGGUUUCACCAGGUAUCCCUGUCCAGUGAAGUCAUGCCCAUGUUCCGGAUUGUGCCCAGAGGUUACACAGCUUGUGCAGAUGCAUAUUUGACUCCUCACAUAAAGAGGUACCUUGCAAGUUUUGGUGGUGGUUUCCAAGGAGGCCUGGAGAAGACUCAGGUCCUGUUCAUGCAGUCAGAUGGAGGUCUCACCCCCAUGGAUAAAUUUAAUGGCUCCCAUGCAAUCCUGUCUGGUCCAGCUGGAGGAGUGGUCGGGUACGGCAUGACCACGUUUGACCAGGAAACUCAACAACCAGUCAUUGGGUUUGACAUGGGGGGUACAUCUACAGAUGUGAGCAGGUAUGCAGGUGAAUAUGAACACGUGUUUGAGACCACUACAGCUGGGGUGACUAUACAAGCUCCACAGCUGGACAUCAACACAGUGGCAGCAGGUGGGGGCUCCAGACUGUUCUUCCGCUCAGGACUGUUUGUGGUUGGACCAGAGUCAGCAGGAGCACACCCUGGGCCUGUCUGCUAUAAGAAAGGUGGCCCCCUGACAGUAACUGAUGCAAACCUGUGUUUGGGGAGACUUCUACCAGAGUAUUUCCCUUCAAUCUUUGGGGAGAAUGAAGACCAGCCAUUGGAUAAGCCUGCAACUAUGACCGCCUUCUCAAACCUAACCCAAGAGGUCAAUGAUUUCCUGGCGAGCCAACCAGAUGGCAUGAGGAAAGAGCCAAUGACAAUGGAGGAGAUUGCCAUGGGCUUCAUACAGGUGGCCAACGAGGCCAUGUGUCGACCAAUCAGAGCUCUGACACAGGCCAAAGGUCAUGACACAUCCCAGCAUGUCCUGGCUUGUUUUGGUGGUGCAGGAGGACAGCAUGCUUGUGCCAUCGCCAAGUCUCUGGGAAUGUCCACUGUUUUUAUCCACAGAUAUGCUGGUAUCCUGUCUGCCUACGGCAUGGCUCUGGCUGAUGUUGUACAUGAGGCUCAGGAGCCGUGUGCUGUCAGCUACAGUAAAGAUAACUUCUCACAGCUGGACCAGAGAAUAGCAGCACUAAGGCUAACCUGCAUCAAAGAGCUCAAGACUCAGGGUUUCACAGAGGAUCAGAUUCAGACAGAAGCAUUCCUCCACCUGAGAUAUGACAGGACAGACUGUGCCCUGAUGUGUUCCUCCCAUGGAUAUCCACCCAGCACUAACACAUGUGGGGAGGGAGACUUUGAGAAGGCUUUCACAGACAGGUACAUGCGUGAGUUUGGGUUCACCAUCCCAGGACGACCCAUCAAAGUGGACGACAUCCGUGUACGUGGGGUGGGUCAGACAGGGAUACACGACCACCAAAUGAAACGACCAUCCGGUCAGACACCCAGGGUGGAACUGGUGACCAAGUGUUACUUUGACAACUGUUAUUAUGACACCAAUGUCUACCUCCUGGAUGAUCUGUCAUGUGACCAUGCCAUCCACGGGCCAGCCAUUCUUAUUGAGAAGAACAGUACCAUCAUAGUGGAGCCUGACUGCAGUGCCAGCAUCACUCCAGAAGGGGAUGUGAAGAUAGCAGUCGGUGUUGCUGAGAAGCAAAGGAUAGGAACAGGGCUGGAUGCAAUACAGCUCUCCAUCUUCUCCCAUCGCUUCAUGAGCAUUGCUGAACAAAUGGGCAGAAUUCUCCAAAGAACAGCAAUAUCCACCAACAUCAAGGAGAGGUUGGACUUCUCCUGUGCCCUGUUUGGACCAGACGGUGGACUGGUGGCCAAUGCACCGCACAUCCCUGUUCACCUGGGGGCCAUGCAGGAAACUGUACAGUACCAGUUGAGGCAGUUGGGAGAGGAUAUCCACCAAGGUGAUGUCAUCUUGAGUAACCACCCGUCUGCAGGAGGGAGCCAUCUCCCUGACUUCACUGUUAUCACACCUGUUUUCUACAAAGGAGAAGAGAGACCUGUCUUCUUUGUGGCAUCACGAGGACACCAUGCAGACAUUGGUGGUAUUACACCUGGCUCCAUGCCUGCACACUCCAAGUCCCUCAGUGAGGAAGGAGCAGUGUUCAAGUCCUUCAAGCUGAUAGAGAAUGGGAAAUACAUGCAGGAAGCCCUGACAGAGAGGCUGAUGGCCCCAGGUCUGAUCCCAGGCAGCUCUGGCACCAGGAAUCUCCACGACAACCUGGCCGACCUGCAGGCUCAGGUGGCAGCCAACCAGAAGGGCAUCAAACUGGUGCAGGAGCUGAUCGAUGCUUACGGGCUGGAUGUGGUACAGGCCUACAUGGGUUACAUACAGAACAAUGCUGAGGUGGCUGUGAGGGACAUGUUGAAGGAGAUUGCCCAGGAGACCAAGGCCAGGACUGGCACCACACAGCUGUUUGCCGAGGAUCACAUGGACGAUGGCACUCCUCUGGUCCUGAAUGUCAGCAUCAAUGAAGACAAGGGAACAGCAGUGUUUGACUUCAGCGGGACUGGUCCUGAGGUGUUUGGGAAUACCAACGCUCCCCGAGCCAUCACCUCAUCUGCACUCAUCUACUGCCUCAGGUGUAUGGUGGCACAUGACAUUCCUCUCAACCAGGGUUGUUUGAAGCCAGUUAAGAUCCAGAUGCCACCCAACUGCAUCCUGAACCCGUCUGACAAUGCUGCAGUUGUGGGUGGAAAUGUGCUGACCAGCCAGAGAGUGGUGGACGUCAUCCUGAAGGCCUUCCACAUCUGUGCUGCCUCACAGGGCUGCAUGAAUAACAUUGCCUUUGGUGACCAGGAUGUCGGCUACUAUGAGACAGUGGCAGGUGGCCAUGGGGCGGGCCCCACAUGGGACGGCAGAAGCGGGGUUCAUGUCCACAUGACCAACACCCGGAUCACUGACCCAGAAAUUAUGGAGAGGAGGUACCCAGUGAUCUUGAGAAGAUUCCACCUGAACCAUGGGACAGGGGGGAAGGGUCAGUACUGUGGAGGGGAUGGUGUACUGAGGGAACUCCUGUUCAGAAGGCCAGUCAUGUUCACUAUCCUGAGUGAGAGAAGGGCCUUCCAGCCAUAUGGCCUUAACGGAGGAGAGCCAGGAGCCAGGGGGAUGAACCUGGUUAUCUACAGGGACGGGAGAGUUGUCAACCUGGGGGGCAAAUCAAGUGUCAGCAUGCAACCAGGGGACUGUUUCCAGCUGCAGUCCCCAGGGGGUGGGGGGUAUGGUGACCCUGCCCUGAGGGACCCUGGGGAGCCUACAGCCAAACGCCGCAAGAGAGACGAGGUGGCCAGCCACCACUACCAGCAGAGGGGCAGUGUGUACGCCUACAAACUCACUCAGGAGUCAGCAUAGUAUACAUGUUAUAGGGCUUAACUUGGUGUAGGUCACAUGACAUGGUGUAGGUCACUUUAACAGGGUGGAAGAAAUCCUGUAUAGUCUAUGAUAGGUGAAAGGUGCCAACUGAAAUUCAAAGAGCAGUUGUAGACCAGGAGGUCUACGUUGACUCCAAAAAAAGCAGCAAACAUGUGGUGACAAUCAGCACUUUAUUAUAUAUAC